UUAUAUAGGCUUACAAAACAACUUAAUCCCAUAAAAAUCUAAACUAAUUAGCAACAACUCCACUAACAAAAUAACAACCUAAUAACAAAUUUGAAUCAGUUAUUCAACAAACCUCCGCCGUGAACUUCCACGGUUCCACCCCGCUAUUUUCGGCGAUUGGGAGCUUUGCCCGAAAAGAUUUAUGACGUAGGGGCUUAGUUUGAAUAUUCCACCGUUGUUUGGAACCCCACUGAUCCUCUUCUUUCCCCUCGAAACUAGCGCGCUGCGUCACCUCCGAUCUUUUCCCGCCUGCGAUGAAUCUCGCCGACCUCGCCUCUGCUCCAGGCAGCGGUGUCUGUAUGAUGAACACCUCUUGGAGGGAUGAACAACAUCCAUCCUUUAUCCAUUUCAUUUCUUCAUUCCUCAGCGCCAACUCAUACCGUCUUAACUUCCUCCCUAUAGCUCCUGAUUUCAUAUUCAACAAUGGCGGAUUAUCAGUGGCAUUCAUUUUUGUGACGAACUGGAAUUGCGAUCAUGCCUCUGCUGUCUUUGGCAGAAUGGAGAAGCUUAGAAGGCAGUUUGGGCAUCUCUAUGUAGUCGUGUCUGUUCCAACCAUGGAACAGAAUGAUUCCUUUAACCGAUCAUACUUCAAGUAUGCUGUGGAGCUUGGUGCCCCAACUUUUGUGCCAGUUCGUGAUCCAGAGAUGGGAUUCGAGAAGAUUGUGAAAAUAGCACAUGCUCGUGGAGUGUGCAAGCGGCAAGAUGCGGUUUCCAUGAUGAAACUUGAGCGCGAGCAAGCUGUUCAGAGAAUGGACUGUUUCCUUAAAGUGGUCACCUCCAUACCUGGCAUUGACAACCAUGAUGCAAAUGCACUUGCACAAGCGAUAGGUUCAGUUGAAGACAUAGCCAAAGCAUCCAAGGGCUUUAUUCUGGAGAGCACAGACCUUUCAAUGGAUAAAGCGGAAAUGAUAGUAAGGUUUUUCAGAGACCCAAACUAUUAUCUGAGUCCCAAGAUCAAUUGACAGUAGAGGUCUUGUUUUAUCCUCAAUUUCUCCCUGAAGCUUGUGAAUAUUGUUUCUGGUGCAGUUGAUGGGCUGAAGAAAGAUGCAGAGAGCUCAGAAGAAAACUCAGAACCCAUCACUUAUGUACAGACUCAGUAUACCACUUCUGACGUGAUCCUGCAGUAAUUGCAGUCAGUUAAGAAUCGGUGUAAUCACCCAUGUUACUGUUAACUGCAGACUGUAAGACUGACUUGAGUCAUGCUUUUGAAGAAUUUAUUAUAAGCAUUUAUGUGAUA